GUGUGUCCGAUAGCUGCUGCUACUGCCGUCAUUACACACUGUUAUUAUUAUUAUUAAUUUUAUAUACAUAUGUUUGGGUGGUGUACUAUGCAUAUUAUAGCCUAAGGAUAUUAGUCCACUGAUACGCUCAUACACACACACACACACACACACAUACUUACACUCAAGCAUACGACACUGGACAGUGUACACACACGUGCGCACGCAUCGUGUUUUUAAAUUAAUUUAUUAUUGUUUUCGUAUUAAAUUUUUUUUUCUCAUUAAUCAUCUCCCCAUUAACAGUACGUCUACGCCGUCGUGCCCGGGAACCGCGAAAUUUCGUCGCAUCACCACGCGAACAUAGACUGCCGACGUCUCGUGCACGAUAGCCGAAAUUUUUUCCACCGUCCGAUUAUACUAUUUACUGUCGUUUUGUUUAUUCACCGUCGCACGGUGAGAGGACGCCGUUGACUUCCGAGCAGUGCACACGGUUCUUCGACCGCGGACCACACGAAUUGCUCAAGAACGACGACGGCACGCUGAUUGCCGCAUAUCACGAGCCAUAACCCCAAAACGUCGGUGACGAGAUAAGUGGAGAAAAAAAAAUAAUAAUAAUAAUCAUAAACCGGCGCGCGCGUCGCGCCGCCGUCGUGGUUUUCCGUCGUCAGCUUGACGCGUGUCCGAUGUACGACGACGACAUCAACGCCACCACCACCCGUGAGCAGCACUAGCAGUAGCAGUAGUUCGAUCGUCACGUGGUACACACCCUCCACCCGAGGCCGCCGGUCCGGUCAUCUGCUGGUAAACAAACGGCUCACCGCCGCCGCCGCCGCCGCCGCCGCCGCCCCCCCCUGCGCGUACGUACGCAUACGCACACUCGCAUCGCAUACUUUGGUUUUCCGUCGUUCGUAUCGCUUUCCGCUGUCUUUUCGAGUUGGACAAAAAAAAAAACCAACAACGGCACUCUCCGUUUCGCGCACCGUCUCUCACCGUCGGUCUGUUGUGCGGACGGUACCUGUCGUGUUCUCAGAGUGCGUGUGUGCGCACUGCCUCGUCGAUUCGCGUUCGUCUCCGUCUUGCGCGUAUUAACUUCACGCGAAAGGAAAAUAACACGCGUUCGUGCUCGCAAUCGAGCCGCCUAUUGCGAGUAGUCGCACACGGCGUGGACAACCGCCGACCGUGCACGCGAGAAGUUCUGCUAACCAACGUCGCCGCCGCCGCACACGAGGACCAUGUCCGACACGGAUUGGACGUUGCACGCGCUCAAAUCAAUGCCCGGCAGUCCAACCAACGUGCAAUGGGCACCGGACCAAGACGUGACGGGCGUGAUCGCCAAGCUUGAGGGCCGCGAGCUUGAGUUCCUGAUCCGGCAGAAGCGCAUCGUCAUUGGCCGGAACAGCUCUAAGGGUCAGGUGGACGUCAACAUGGGCCAUUCCAGCUUUAUAUCCAGACGUCAUCUGGAAGUGGUAUACGAGCACCCGAAUUUCUUUCUGACGUGCCACGGCAAAAACGGCGUGUUCGUGGACGGUGUGUUCCAGCGCAAAGGCGCUCCGGCCUUACAGUUGCCCAAAAGGUGUCUUAUGCGGUUUCCUAGCACUACAAUUCGGUUAGUGUUUUAUUCACUGAUAGAUGAAAUGGCACCACCUCCAGUGCUCCAGAAUACAUUAAUUCAAACUCAAACUAGACCAAUAGCAACACCUUCAAGAAGUUAUGCAAGUCCUUUGAGUAUAAAUAUUCCUCCUCAAGUUAUCAAACAAGAAUCAACAUUUUUAUCAAAGGAAAAUAGAUUUAUUAGUCCUUUCCCUUCUCCUACUGGCACAUUAAGUGCUGCUAAUUCAUGUCCAACUAGUCCUAGAGGUGGACAUAAUAGACAUACGCUUGGACCAGAUUUACAAAUGGCUGCAUAUGCAGCUGCUGUAGCUAAUCCUGGUCAAAUAGGGGUAAUAGCUGCACCUACAUCAUCUGCUAUUUAUGUAGAAGAAAAUAAACAUCUAAUAAUGUCUAGUCAGAAUAGUCGAGAUGAAGAAACUAGCCCAUUAGACAAUACAGUUUUUGAUGUUAGUAUUGGUAGUGAACAAUAUGUUGGUGAUUUUUAUAGAAAUGGUACAUCAACUUCUACAGGACAAAAUUAUAGUCCUCCUGAAACUGUGAUUCAAGAUAGAUCAACUCCUAUAAAUAAUAAUAAUAGCAAUUCUAAUAAUGCAAAGUCUAAAGAUGAGUCUAAACCACCUUAUUCUUAUGCUCAACUCAUAGUACAAGCCGUUGCUUCUGCUCCUGAUCGUCAACUUACAUUAAGUGGAAUUUAUUCAUAUAUUACCAAAAAUUAUCCAUAUUAUCGUUUUGUGGAUAAAGGCUGGCAAAACUCUAUAAGGCAUAACUUAUCAUUGAAUCGUUAUUUUAUUAAGGUACCACGGUCUCAAGAAGAACCUGGUAAAGGUGCUUUUUGGAGAAUUGAUCCUUCCUCUGAACAAAAAUUAAUUGAGCAAGCUUUUCGACGUAGACGUAUUAGAGGAGUCCCUAGUUUUAGACUUCAUAAUUCAUUUGGAAUGUCUUCAAGAAGUGCUCCUCCAUCACCAAGUCAUAUUGCUGGUGGUGAAUUGUCAAUUGCCGAUUCAUUAUCAAGAGAAACUUCACCAUCGCCUCCAGUUUCUUCUUCAGACCAACAACCAGAUGAAGUUUGUUUGACAAAUUCCAUCCCAAAUCAAACUAAAUCACCAAAUAAAAUUUCUCAUACAAAUGGUGUUCUUCAUUAUGUAUCAUCAACAGCUAACAAUGAAGCUUCUGAAAUGCAAAGUCCUCAGCAAUUGACAUUUUUGAAGUCUCGACUAGUCUUGCCAGUGACAACAUAUAGUAAAUCUACAACUAGACACAUAACAAUAGUGAACAAUGGACUUCCAUCAUCUCAACCCGGAAGUACAACUAAAACUAACUUAAACUUCAUUACCUUUCCUCCACCACUCAAAGAAUCUUUGUUACCACAAGCUCCUGUGAUUGUACAAACAUUAGAUCAAACUUUUGAUGCUUCUAAGUUAAAUCAUUCAUUAAAUAUUGAAAAAGCAGUUAACCAUCAUAAGCAAGUAGAAACAAAUGAUGUAGAUGAGGAUAUAUCUCAAAACAAUCCUACACAAGGUAUAGAAAUAGAAUCUGGUGAAUUUGGAGUUCAAGAUAUUCGUGAAGAAAUUAUUGAUGAUACUCAAAAGACAAUUGAGGAAAAUAUUGAUCAGUCUAAAGUAUUUAAGCAAGAUGAAUCUUCUGAAAAUGGAAUUGAAAAUGGAAGCCAACAACAAGUUGUUGAUGAGGUUGAAGAGGAGGAAGAAGUAGCUGGAGAAAAUCAUUUUGAUGAAUCUAAAGAACCAGAUACUAAUUAUUCUGAUAAUUUUCAAGAACCACAAGCUAAGCGUGCCAAAUUAAAUUAUUUUCAACAAGAAAUAAAUGGCGUCCCUUAAGAAUUGUUUUAGGUGUCUUGAUUCAUUGGACCUGAGGGAGACCUUGCCCCACCAUGAAUUUGUAACCUAUUGUUUGUUACCCUAAGCAGUUCCAACAAGCACAAAUAUUUUUUAAAGUAUUGUAAUAAACAUGAUGUUGUUAGUCAUUUAUAUCAUAUAAUAGAUUCAAAUUGUAUAAAGUAAAAAUAUAGUCAACGCAAUACUUUUUAGCACACAUGUAAGUGUAAGAUUACUAUUUACUUUAUUUUGUUGAGACAUUAAAUUUAUAAAUUAUUUA